AUGGAUGAACCGGUAAUUCCUCCCAAUGAGUGUAUGGGUGUUGGUGAUGUUAUGUUAUCAUGCAGGAGAUUCAUCCGCGAGUUCAGAGAGAUUCACAACAGUAUUCACAAUUUUGAAUUCGAUUGUCAUCAAGCCUUUCAAUUCGUUACGUCUGUGACCGAAAGUCUGGACAUCAGGGCACAGGCGCGAGCUUUUCUUUUGGAGUACAAGAAGGAAAUUAUUCUCCUGGCACCAUUUACUUACUUUGUUAAUUGUGCUUUGCAAAUUUUGCCACAUAUUCAACCAUUUGAAUCAGACCCCGUACCCUCGAGAAUCUUAUAUAAUUACUACAAUGAAAGGUAA